CAAUGCAUUUAGGGUAGUUAGCGCCAUUUCUCUGGCGGAGAGAGCAGCAACAAACAGAAGAAAACUAACAGAGAGUAGAAGUGUUCUAGUUGCUUCCUUUGGAAAUAAUGGGACACUGGUGCUGCGUCAAAGGAUGCAAUAGUAAUUCUAAACAGAAAACAGCAGAUGGUGCCGUACGGUUUUUCGUAUUCCCCACUUGGAAAAAAAAAUACGGACCGCAGACAGAGGACUUAACAAAGAGGCGUCGGGCUGCAUGGGUCGCUGCUGUAAGAAGGAAAGACAUCACGUUCCAUAAAAUAUCUCCUCAUGCUCGUGUUUGCUCUCGGCAUUUUCACAAAGGUCAACCCGCAUAUGAGAUGAUGGAGACUGACCCAGACUGGGCUCCAUCCCUGCAUCUGGGCCACACUGACAUCAAACCAACAGACACAGAACGCUCUUUAAGACGUGGUUAUCGGGAACAGCUGAAAAAGAAUGCCCUGCAAGCAACUGAAACGGGGCUCCAUCAGGCUGAUGAAGUCCUUGAGCAACAGGAUGAAGUUACACAUGAGGCGACAGAGAACCCUAACCAGCAACAGACUGACACGCAGAAGGCUGCUGAAAACGUUGGCCGGCCAAACACCAAGGAUGACACAGAAGGUGGUCGUCAGGAAGGACAGACAGAAUGUAACCUGUGUGUGCUCAGGUGUGCAGAGAUGAAUCGUCUUUUGGAAGAAAACAGAGAGCUGCGGCGUGAACUUGAUGAGCUGCGGAUCUCUGAUGGCUUCUUUGGAGACAGUAAUGAAAAAGUCAAGUACUAUACGGGUCUGCCAAACUUGGCAACCUUUAUGGCUUUGUUUAAUUUUCUGCUGCCUCUCAUGUCUGCUCAAAACAAAAUUCUCAGUCCAUUUCAAAUGCUUCUGUUAACCUUCAUGCGUCUGAGAUUGGAUCUGCCCUCACAACACCUUGCUUAUCUCUUCCGUGUUUCACCAAAGACAGUGUACAGAACAUUCAAUGAAAUGGUGUCAUUUUUAUAUGCAAAUCUAAAGCGUGCAAUUGUGUGGCCAGAUAGAGACACCUUGCACAAAAUUAUGCCUCAUCAGUUUGUGGAGGCCUUUGGACAUAGAGUCACAGUGAUUAUUGACUGUUUUGAAAUUUUCACAGAGAAACCAGCUAAUUUGAAGGCACGUGCCCAGAUGUUUUCCUCCUACAAGCACAAUCAUACCAUGAAGUAUUUAAUAGGCAUAACACCCAAUGGAGCUAUAUGUUUCUUGUCAAAAGGGUGGGGUGGAUGUACAAGUGACAAACAUAUCACCUUGAACAGUGGCUUUCUUAACCUGUUGUUGCCUGGGGAUGUUGUGUUAGCUGACCGAGGUUUUGAUAUACAGGAAAAUGUUGGCAUGCUGUGUGCGGAGGUCAAGCUUCAGGCCUUCACAAAGGGGCGCUGUCAGCUGGAUGCUAAGGAUAUAGAAGAAACAAGGAAGAUUGCACAUCUAAGAAUUCAUGUUAAAAGGGUGAUUGGAAAUGUUUGUCAGAAAUACAAAAUAUUAACUGGAACCAUACCCAUAAACAUGCUAUUAACAUGUGAAGGCGAAGAAGUCACUUUCUUGGACAAGAUUGUCACUGUCUGUUGUGCCCUUACAAAUCAUUGCCCUACUGUAGUGUAAAAAUGAAUGCCAGAUCAAGUACUGUUUCAACUUUAUUCUUCUUUUCACAGAAAUAGAAUUUUGCUUUUUUUGAAGUUACUUUUGAAAAAUAACAGCAAAACAAAUAUAAGUUUCACCAUCACUUCAAAUAUUAACAAUGUUUCUGAAGUUGUAAAAAUGUGUGUACAAUAAAGAGUGGAGUUUGAAAUUUGAAACAAGCAUUGUUAUUAUCUUCACAAUCAAGCAGGGAAUUUAUGAAAAUGCAAUAAAAAAUCUCAAAUACAUAAAUAAUGCA